AUGGUCUUGCGAAAGUGCACCAUCUGUGACCGCCGGUUCAAGAAGACGGAGCACUACAAGCGGCAUGAACGGUCUCAUACCAAGGAACGCCCGUACGAGUGCAGUGUCUGCCACAAGCGCUUUUCCCGAAGCGACGUCCUGAGUCGUCAUGCCAAGGGCCAUCUGCAAAAGGCUGCCACGGCCAACAAGAAUGCAAACUCCUCCUCCACAUCUGCCUCCAACUCGGAUCCUAAUUCCAAUCCCACGCCCACCCCCAGUCUCUCCUCCCAGAAUCCGCCCCAGCGCGAUGACCCCCAGCGCCUCCUCCCGCCCACCCCCCGCGACGUCCCGCUGGCCCAGUCCGCCGGCCUCUCCUCCAGCCUGGACUUCCUCGCCGACAUCUCCGCCCACCAGGCCCGCACCGAGCCUGACAUCAAUCCCAUGAUGAUCGAUGACCAGCAACCCUACUUUGGCUGGAACGAUGUCGCCGCCCUGCAUCCUCCGGACCAGCAUCCGCGUCCCGUUCCCUUCGAGUCCGUCCCCAACGAGAUGCUCCAGCUGUGGCUCGAGCCCCGCGCCGACACCGUCUCCCAUCACAGCUCGCUCGAUCUGAUGCGCGACCCCGCUCUGGGUUUGGUGGGCGAGAACUUCAUCCCGCCCGAACGCCGCAACAGCCAGCCCAUCAAGUCUGGCGACAACAUCCCCAACGAACGCUUCUGCCGCGUCGAACGAUGCUGGCUGGCCCCGCCAAAUCAUGUCGGCCGCCUGAUCAACUCGCUGUGGCGCGACGUCUCCUGCUGCGACUGCGACAACCUCUUCUCCAUCCCCAACUACCAUGCGCCUCCUCUCGGCCCGCAGUCGGACAACUAUCUGGGCUCCCGCUUCGGCCUGGAUGACGAGUGCCGCCUGCAGCUGCAGGCCGCGUUCGGUCUGGCCCAGUCCUCGCUCCCCUCGAUGAACUCGCCCGCGAACGAUGCGCUCUCGCCGGCCGCCUCCACCUCGGCGUCCGCGUCCAUCCCGACCUUCCCUCCGGCCGAGAUCUUGGACAUGGCCCUCGAUCUGUACUUCCGCCAUUACCACCCGCUGGUCCCGUUCGUCCACAUUCCCACUUUUUGCGCCAAGCGGACGCGUUUGCCCAUGCUUUUCGUCAUGUGUCUGAUUGGGAUGAUCAUCUUGGGGACCAAGGGGUCUACCCAUUUUGUUUUGAAGACGUUUGGCUUGGUCCUCGACAAGAUCAGUGGUGAGCUGGCCAAGUGCGCCGUCGGCAGCGGGACCCCCGCCGGGAUCAUGUCGACCUUUGCGACGGCUUUUCUGCUGCUGAAUCUCGCCGCCAUGACUGGGGAAAAGGAGCACCUGCAGCAGUGUCAGAUGCUCUAUAUCAAUCUCAUGUCGAUCGCCCAAAGGCACGGCCUCUUCGCUGCGGGCGAAGGCCAGGUUCUCGACAUGUCGCUGUUUGAAGCGGUGCCUGACCUGGACACGAGGUGGAAGGCAUGGUGUCGGGUGGAGUCUGCGAAGCGACUGGUCAUCGGCCUGCUUUUGAUUGACUCGUGGUAUUCGUCCUUCCUAUCGACCAGCCCGAUCGUCGUCCCCGAUUCCGUCCAGCUCAUUGUCCCGUGCGAUGACGAGCUCUUCAAAGCCAAUUCGUCUGCACGGUGGAUGCAGUUGAUCCGCGGAGGCAAGCGGAUCCUCAUGCCCAUGGUCAAGGCCCCCUCGGAGACGGUGUCUCUGCCGGCGUUGGACGCUCCUGUCGAUGACUUUUGCAUGCACGGUCUGCUGGCCAUGCUGCAGCUGCGUCUGUCGGAAGCGUACCACCGGCUGCUGUCCAACCGCUCGAGCUAUCCGUUCGCGCCGUGCCACACCUAUGCGAUGGACGGUCGGGCCCGGUGCUUGACGUCGUUGCAGGUGCAGGUGGUGAACAGCUACAGCGACUCGCUCGAGCGGCUGAAUCCGAACUGCAUCGUCAUGUGGCACCACAUGUGCAUGAACUUGACGGCGGACAUUCAGAUCUUUGAUCUCGCAG